AAGAGUUCUAAAUUCGUCUGCAAACAGGUGUGCUGUCCCACGAUGCUGACGAAUGUUCACUGAUUCCAACAAUAUAUGACUCAUAUCACAAACUACAUAUCCUGGAUUAUCAUGCAGAAUUUGGAUCCAGACAUAUUGAUAUAGUCAUGAUCAGAUCGAUAAGAAAUCUGCGAAGACUGCUGCUUGGGACAGUGACAUUUGCCGUUCCGGUUACAGUUUCAUUCAUAGACCUAGUGGGGUGUGUGGUCAAAGUGGAGGGAGUGUCUAUGCAGCCGGCACUGAAUCCACUCGGGGAUGGCAGAUCAGCUGUAGAUUACGUCUUCCUCAACCGCUGGGCAGCCGGUGCAUAUCACUUUCAGAGAGGAGAGAUUGUAUCACUCAGGAGUCCUUCCAACCCUGACCAGAAUCUAAUCAAAAGAAUUGUUGCCUUAGAAGGAGACUUGGUGAAAACUCUGGCGUAUAAGGAAGCUGUGGUCCACGUCCCUUCAGGCCACUGCUGGGUAGAGGGAGACCACCACAAGAACAGCAUGGACAGCAACUUCUUUGGUCCAGUGUCUCUGGGCCUCAUCAGUGCCAAGGCCUCGCACAUAGUGUGGCCCCCAUCUCGGUGGCAGAGGCUCACGAUCCAAGCCUCCGAGGACCAUCGUGUCAACUGUCUCGACACCUUCCUGGAGAGCUGAUGAUGUCCACACUGCUAGUCAUGUAACAGGAACUUCCGUGAUUAUCUGUUUAGAGGGGAAGAUUGGAAAAGUCAUCUUCAUCCAUUAUGUGUUCAUUAGUAAAUGUUAUUAACGAACAGUAUUGAUAUGAGUAUGUUAGACUUGUGUGAAUGAGAGUAGAUCAUAUGUUUUGAUAAAAUAUUGUACAUGUGUAUAUUCCAGAUCAGGGAGAAGUAUACGUAUAUUUGGUCAUACAGUGCAGGAUGGUGCCAAAGGUUUUGUGUUGAACAUACUGAACUGAGACCUUCAGCUAAUGCCAAAAAUGGCCUUUAUUGUCCAUGUUACAAAACCAUUAGAUUUUAACUGCUUUAACAAUAUAUUUGUACAAUAUAUUCAACACACACCUCUUGGCGACCUCUUAGUACUGUAUGUUCAACACAUGACCCUUGGGGGCCAUUGAGUAUUGUAUGUUCCACAAAUAACCCAUCGAAACCUUUCAGUACUGUAUGUUGCAUACACAACCCUACAAAACUGGUUGACUUGAAAGUGAGGACCGCAACUUGUAUAAAACAAACUCUUAUUGCCAAACGUUGUCACUAUAAAACUCCUGGUCAACACAUAGUCAAGUGAGAUUAUCCUGCCGUGGGAUUAUAUAGUCUCCUCUGAUGACAUGAACCAUAUCCACCCAGGGCUAGGUGCAGCACCUGCAUUUCUCAGAACUGAAGUUAAGUACUUCCAAUACACAUCUUAAGCAUAUCUACAGUAAUGAGCAGAAAAAAUGCGACUUUUCACAGAUGUAGUUUCAAAAUUUAUUUACUGAUAA